CAGAGAGGAGGUCUAGUUUGGUUGGUCGGUCGUUCGGUCCAGCUCCAAAGUUCAGUAUUUCAUUUCUCACUGGUUCUUUAUAACAAAGUUUCAUUCCGCACAUCUUAAGUAAUAAGGAGCAGACAGAAGUGGUCUAUGGCCGGCUACUCGACUUGUAUUUAUCAAAUGUACCAUACCAGAGCACAAUUUGGCGACUAAUGCCAAACUUAUCAUCACCUCAUCUGACUGCACCACCAUUAAGUAUUUAUUAACUGAUAGUAAGUUGUGGUAUGGUUAAAUCCGAGUCAACUACUUUCACGAGCAUGGUGUAGUUGCAUGUAGAAUACUCGCAUUACUAUUAAGCAGUCAGUUCAGUUAGUUAUUGAUUGUGAAGGCAAACGGUAGUUUCCCAUCGGAGUAAUCGCUGGACUGACUCGUGCAGGAAAAUACCAAGGUCCGUGAUUGAAUUCGCUCGGAGUUAAAUACACACAAUUUUCGACUAGGGAAUUUCCAUUCAAUUGAGAUUCCCCUUUCUUCACAACAAAUCGAGAACACUCUCAACUUUGGCAUUGAGUUGAAAAUAAUUGCAUAAUACUGGAAUAUAUAUCAAUCAGUUAUUGCUCACCGCUCGCCACAUUUGUUCAACAACUGCUCACCAAGAAUGGACGCUGCAACCGCUCAUCAGAGUCUUGGGGGUGAAAGGGUCCCACCAUUUCAACUCGAACACAAAGAAAUGAUUGCAAUGCCAAAUUAUACCAAUAUGCUCAAGUUUGAGCGAGAUUUCAACAAAUUCGAGUCGAAAGUAUGGAUGGAGGAAAACUGGACCAUCAGUUUCUACUACGUGGGCGCCUACCUCCUCUUCAUCUUCCUAGGCCAGCAGUACAUGCAGAACAGACCUAGAUUUGAGCUCAAAAAACCUCUAAUCGUGUGGAACCUAGCGUUGGCUGCGUUUUCAAUUUUUGGAGCCUUCAGAAGCGUCCCCGAAUUACUCUUCAUUUUCAAUAGACCCAAUGGCUUUCACCACACUGUGUGCUAUCCAAGUUGGGGACAGAACCAAGCGUGGCAGUUGUGGACAUUCCUCUUCGUCACCAGCAAAGCGUUAGAAUUGGGUGACACAGUUUUCAUCGUAUUGAGAAAACAACCUCUAAUAUUCCUUCACUGGUAUCACCAUGUCACAGUCUUACUCUACAGUUGGUACUCGUACAGCGAAUUUAUAGCUCCAGCUAGGUGGUAUGUCACAACUAACUUUGUGAUUCAUUCGUUCAUGUACUCGUACUACUUCUUGCGUGCCCUUCGAGUCUACAUACCCAAACCCAUAGCUGUUGCCAUCACCAGCCUACAACUGGUUCAGAUGAUUGUGGGUGUGAUCGUCAAUGUUCACGCAUAUUUCGCCAAGGCGAGGGGCGAGACGUGUGAUGUUAGCGACCAGAACAUUCAAUUGAGUUUAAUAAUGUACUCUUCGUACUUUGUCCUAUUUGCUCGAUUCUUCUAUAAAGCGUACCUGAGAAAAGCAGCCUCCAGCAAAUCUAAGAGCAAAGCUCAAUAGGAACUUCAUUACCAGAACUAUUCAUUAAUUUAAUUUAACAUUAUUUAGUCUUGACUCUUGACGACAAUAAGAUUAUCCGACAAUUUUUAUGACAUUAUCAUGUGAUUGAUACAUGUAUAUCAGUAAUAAAUGGCCAAGUAUUGACUUUAAAA